GGUGCUGAGUUCUCUUCCUGUCUCGCUGGUUGUCAGCGCCAUGUUAUUGUUCUGACUGCGGAUCAGCAACAAGUCUCCGGGGAGCGGGGAGGCCGGGCGGCAGCCUGCGGGAAGAGAUGGCUGAUAGCUAGCAAGGCACACACAUGACCAUGAUGGCUCAGUUUCCCACAGCCAUGAAUGGUGGUCCAAACAUGUGGGCUAUCACUUCUGAUGAGCGAGUCAAACAUGACCAGCAAUUUUUAAGUCUUAAACCACUUGGAGGGUUACUUUCAGGUGACCAAGCUCGAAAUUUCUUUCUGCAGUCUGGUUUGCCAAAGUUAGUACUGGCUGAGAUAUGGACCCUGGCAGACCUGAACAAGGAUGGAAAGAUGGACCAGCAGGAAUUUUCCAUAGCAAUGAAAUUGAUCAAGAUGACCCUUCAAGGCCACCCGGUGCCGACAACACUUCCAAUCAUUAUGAAACACCCACCAAUCCCUUCACCCUUGGGCUCUGCACGAUUUGGGAUGGGAAGUAUGCCAAAUCUGUCAGUCCCACCAAACAUGCCUCCUUUUGCUUCCUUGGCUCCCACAUCAUCUUUGACCUCAGGGACAACAAUGCCACCUUUGGGUAUGUCAGUCCCCCUGCUUCCUGCUGGCGGUACAUCAGCAUUGCCAAAUGGUACAUCUAUUCUCAUACCUCCAAUGUCUGCACAGAGUUCUGCAACACUUCCCCAUUCUGGACCUCUGAGGCAGCCUUUACCAGGAUUUGGAGGCACUGGUCUGCAGAAGGCUCAAUCAUUGAUUGAUCUUGGCUCCAGCAGCAGUUCUUCAUCAUCUAAUACUUCUCUCGCAUCACCAAAAGUGAGUUCCUCUGACUGGGGAGUUCCUCAGUCUGCAAGGCUCAAAUAUCGACAGUUGUUCAAUAGCCUUGAUAAAUCCAUGAGCGGCUACCUCUCAGGCCCCCAAGCCAGAAAUGCUCUUGUACAAUCCAAUUUGUCUCACAACCAACUAGCUACCAUAUGGAGCCUGGCAGAUGUUGAUAAGGAUGGAAAGCUCCGAGCAGAAGAGUUCAUUUUAGCCAUGCACUUAAUUGAAGUGGCCAAGUCUGGUCAACCGCUUCCUCUCUCACUUCCUCCAGAACUGAUACCACCUUCUUUUAGAACAAGCAAAUGGAGUGAUGGAAUAAAUGGAGCCCCGUCUCAGUAUCAAGAAGUUACACAGGAAAUCCAAGAACCUCAGAAAAAAUCACCUGUCACUUUUGAAGAUAAAAGAAAAGCUAACUAUGAAAAAGGGAAUGCAGAGCUGGAGCGGAGGCGUCAGACCCUUCUAGAGCAGCAGCAACGAGAGGCAGAUCGAAGAGCACAACGGGCCAAGGAGGAACAGGAGAGGAAGGAGCGUGAGCUGCAAGAGCAGGAACGGAAAAAACAGCUUGAUCUGGAGAGACGAUUGGAGAAACAACGUGAGUUGGAAAGACAAAAGGAGGAGCAAAGGAGGAAAGAAAUUGAAAAACGAGAGGCAGCAAAGCAGGAACUUGAACGUCAGCGUCAGCUUGAGUGGGAGCGGAUUCGGCGUCAAGAACUUCUCAAUCAACGAAACCGGGAACAAGAUGAGAUUGUCCAGUUAAAGGCCAAGAAAAAGAGUCUGGAACUUGAACUGGAGGCACUAAGUGCGAAACAGCAAAAUGUCACCAGCAGAGUGCAAGAAGUCCAAAGCAGAAAAGAAGUUCAAAAAAAUGAACUGGAUCUCGUAAAUCAGAAACAUGACCAGAGACGAAUAGAAGUGAACCAUUUACAACAACAACUCAAGGAGUUUCAGAAAAUGUUGAAUCAGUUAAUUCCUGAAAAGCAAGCUCUGGAUGACCAAGUAAAACAAAUUCAGCCCAACUCUGCUUACACUACGAGUCUCACGCUGUUGAGUCGGAAUCAUGCAGAAAAGAAAGAGUCUUGUGAACAACUUCGACAACAACUGAAUAAGCUAGAGAAACAGACAGCCAGCAAACUUUCUGAAAUGGAUGCUUUUAAUACUCAAUUACAGUGUGACAAAUUGGACGACUUUGUACUUGAGUGCCUUCUCUCUCUGUUGGGCUGUCUCAGCAGCUUGUUCCUUUUAUUGAAGGAGCUGCGGGAAAGCUACAGCAAACAGCAGUUUGCCCUGGAGCAGCUCUAUCGAAUCAAGGAUGAUAAAAUUCGAGCAAUUGAAAGAAAGAAAGCUGAAGAUCAAGCAAAGAAAAAAAAGGAAGAGGAGGAAGCAAUAAGAAAAGCAAAGCAAGAAAAAGAGAAUCUCUGGAAAUCAAGAAUCAAAAGAGAAGAGGAGAUAAGACAGCAGAAGUUGGAAGAAGAGCGACUUCAAGACAAGAUCCGUGAGGAGGAAAAUCAGAAAACUGAGGCAUUUGCUGCUCGGCAAAAGGAAAUAGAAGCAGAAAGUAAAAGGCUCUCUGAGGAGAAGCAUCGUCGUGAAGAGGAGGAGAAAAAGAGACUUACACAGCUUCAAAGAGAAGCUGAAGAAGAAGAGAAGAGGAAAGCUCAGACUCUUAGAAAAGCAGAGGAAAAAUGCCAACAAGAAGAAGAAAGGAGAAGACAGGAAACAAUAAAGCAAGGUGAAGCUGAGAAGCGUCACUCAAAGACUGAUGUACAAGAAAAGUUGAAGGAUGUUCUGAAAUACCCUGACAAACCAACAUAUGGAUUAAGGAAAGAAGUGCCACUCAACAAAAGUAAAGUCUCCCUGCCUGCAAAGUCAGCAAUCUUGAUAACUUAUCGAGCAUUAUAUCCAUUUGAGGCAAGAAAUUAUGAUGAACUCAGCUUUCAAGCUGGAGAUCUAAUCGAGGUUGAUGAAACAACUGAAGGGGAAUCAGGCUGGUUGUAUGGUACAAUGCGAGGCAAAUCCGGUUGGUUCCCAGUGAACUAUGUGGAGAAAAUGACAGAGAGUGAAGCCCCCUUAUCACCCAAAAGAGCUUUAUUGCCACCCUCAAAACCUUCUUCAACUACCUCAACAUCUCCUGGACCACAUGCUCAAAAUAAAAUAAGUGAUGAAGGGAGUUUUCAAUCAAGUCGAGGUUUCUCCGGGAUUAGUGGCAGUCCCAUUUGGCAGAAAUCUGCUUUUACUCCAACUCUUCCCCCUGGUUCUGGAUCACCAAUUUAUGAUCAGGUUGAAAAUGUAAAAACUUUUAAGGCACUGGCACUUUGUUCGUGGACAGCAAAAAAAGAGAACCAUUUGAAUUUCUCAAAAGACGAUGUAAUUGAUGUUCUGGAACAGCAAGAUAACUGGUGGUUUGGAGAAGUUCGUGGUGGAAAGGGCUGGUUCCCCAGGUCAUAUGUCAAGAUUAUCGCUGAUCAAACACAGUCAUCAGUGGAACCAGAACCUAUUUAUGCUAAGAUCAGCAAGAGCUCCAGCCCUAUUUCCCAACCAGUAGAAGAGUAUAUUGCACUAUAUCCUUAUGAAAGUGCUGAAGCUGGAGAUCUAACCUUCAUGGAGGGUGAGGUUGUUCUGGUCACCAAGAAGGAAGGUGAAUGGUGGACUGGAAUUAUUGAAGAUAGAACGGGUGUCUUUCCAUCAAACUAUGUCAAACCAAAGGAUCCAGAUGCAUCAAGUAGUUCUGGAAGAUCAGGAAUAAUCAACAAGAAGCCAGAGAUUGCUCAGGUUGCCUCCGCAUACACUGCAACAGGUACAGAACAGCUCAGCCUCGUCCCAGGCCAGUUGAUACUUAUUCUGAAGAAAAAUGCUACUGGAUGGUGGCAGGGUGAAUUGCAAGCCAGAGGUAAAAAGCGUCAAAAAGGAUGGUUUCCUGCCAAUCAUGUCAAAUUGCUUGGGCAAAGUAGUGGCAAAUCCACUCCUGCUCCAACCCCAGUCUGUCAGGUCAUAGCUGUAUACGACUAUACUGCCACGAAUGACGAUGAACUGAGUUUCUCUAAAGGGCAGUUCAUUAAUGUGCUGAAUAUGGAUGUAUCUGACUGGUGGCAAGGGGAGAUGAAUGGAAUAAAUGGCUUAUUCCCUUCCAAUUAUGUCAAGAUAACCACAGAUUCUGAUCCAAGUCAACAGUGGUGUGCUGAUCUACAGUCCCUUGAUACCAUGCUACCUAUAGAAAGAAAACGCCAGGGUUAUAUCCAUGAACUGAUUCAGACUGAGGAGAGGUACAUGGAUGAUUUGCAGCUGGUUUUAGAGGUUUUUCAGAAACAAAUGGCUGAAUCUGGGCUUAUAACAGAAACUGAGCUGGGAACAAUCUUUGUGAACUGGAAAGAACUCAUUAUGUCCAACACCAAGCUGUACAAGGCACUUCGUGUGAGGAAAAAGACUGGUGGGGAGAAGAUGCCAGUGCAGAUGAUAGGAGACAUUUUAGCUACUGAACUAUCGCACAUGCAGGCCUACAUCCGGUUUUGCAGUUGUCAGCUAAAUGGUGCAGCUAUCCUUCAGCAGAAAACCGAUGAAGAUCCAGAAUUUAAAGAUUAUCUUAAGAAAUUGGCUUCUGCUCCGCGAUGUAAAGGGAUGCCACUAUCUAGUUUCUUAUUGAAGCCAAUGCAAAGGAUUACACGGUAUCCACUUAUUAUUAAAAAUAUUUUGGAAAACACUCCAGAGAUCCAUGCAGACUAUAACCAUUUAAAGCUGGCAUUGGAGCGGGCAGAGGAGCUAUGUUCCCAGGUGAAUGAAGGUGUCCGUGAGAAGGAAAACUCUGACAGACUGGAGUGGAUUCAGUCGCAUGUUCAGUGUGAUGGACUGGCAGAGCACAUUGUUUUCAACUCCAUAACAAACUGCUUGGGACCUCGAAAGUUGCUGUAUAGUGGAAAACUUUACAAAACAAAGAGCAACAAAGAAUUAUACGGCUUCCUUUUCAACGAUUUCCUGCUGCUUACCUACAUAGCUAAACAAUUUAUUUCAUCAGGCUACGAAAAACUGUUCAGCUCUAAAUGUAAUUCUCAGUUUAAAAUGUACAAAACGCCUAUUUUCUUGAAUGAAGUUCUUGUGAAACUGCCAACUGACCCAUCAAGUGAUGAUCCAGUCUUUCACAUUUCACACAUUGAUAGAGUGUACACACUAAGAGUGGAAUCUUUAAGUGAAAGGACUGCCUGGGUUCAAAAGAUUAAAGCAGCAUCUGAACACUUUAUAGAAACUGAGAAAGGGAAACGUGAAAAAGCUUAUCAAGCCCGCUCACAGAAGACAAGUGGAAUAGGGCGACUUCUUGUGAGCAUUAUUGAAGCAACAGAAUUGAAAGCCUGCAGGGCAAAUGGAAAGAGCAAUCCCUACUGUGAAGUCACCAUGGGAUCCCAAUGUUACACGACCAGAACACUGUCAGAUACUUUGAACCCCAAGUGGAACUUUAACUGCCAGUUCUUUAUCAAGGACAUUUACCAAGAUGUAUUGUGUAUCACAGUCUUUGAAAGGGAUCAGUUUUCACCUGAUGAUUUCCUAGGUCGGACAGAGGUUCCGGUAGCAACAAUCAAAAAGGAGCAAGAAGGCAAGGGGCCAACUACAAAGCGCCUUCUUUUGCAUGAAGUCCCAACUGGUGAGGUAUGGGUUCGCCUUGAUCUUCAACUAUAUGAACAGAAGACAUUACUCUGAAAUUGAAGCUUCGAAAUCUUAUGAACUUUGCCAUUAUUUUAGCUCUGAAUAUUAAUCAUUUAUUGGUGAUAAUAUUUUUUCUAGAAUUAUGGAGGAAGUCCAACAAAUUAAACCUCAUAACCAUGUACACUGUGAUGUUCAGCAAUGGUUAUAGCCAAAUAGGUGCCAGUUUCUUUUCUUGUUGCGCUGAAAUCAUAAAUAUUCUUCCUCUUUGGUUGCCACUUUCUGCCUAUUUUUCUCAGUGUAAAUUUUCUCCAGUGAUCAUGGAGGAAUUUUAAAUCCAAGUUUCAGUCAUGAAGACAAGAAGAAAGCCAAGUUAUUUUUCCCCAAUUGAAGAUGGGCUUAUUGGCUUAGAACUACUCAAAACUAAGUGAACAGUGACUUCACUCCUGACGGGUCAUUAAACAGAGUAAAACAAGGGACUUGUAUUCUAUGCAGAGUCUAAGAAGUCAAGCAACAAUUGAGUUUUUGUAAAUUUGUAAACAUGCAGUUUUUGCAAUGAUUGGAAAAUUCUCUAUAAUUGUAAAAACUGUACAUUUAGAAGCAUUUUUUGAAGUAAUUGAACAAAAUUUGAAUAUACUUUGAACUGAACGUCUUUGAGUAAAAAAGGCAUCAUACAGUAAAUGAAAGAUGAUGGUGUACACUAAAUCAUAUGUCAAGAUAUUCAUUGGAGUUGUUAGCUGAUUCUUAUCGCUCAACACUAAAAGAGAGGUCCACAGCUACUGAAGAAUUUGGAAAAAAAACUUCCGUAGAACUUUGCGCUGCAUAAAAACAAAUUGUUUUCUGUACAAUAUAAAAGAAAUCUUUACCAUAGCAGCAGUUUUCGUCUGCAGUUAAUAUUAUUCAAAUUUGGUCUUAACUCAGUUCAGUUUGUAGUUUGAAAACGAAAUCAUAUUUUUGAAAAAUUAUUUCUCCUACAUAUCUAGCCAUAUGUCAAAAUAUUUGUCGUCUAGACUACAGAAGCAUAUAUGAACUAUACCAAUGGUUUUGUCACUUUCAGCAAAUUUUCUAUACAUUGACAAAAAUAAUUUUACCAUUGGUGUUACCUCAUAAUUUCAUAUUUUAUUGGUCAAAUAUUUUUAUAAAAUCAGGCUAUAUUUGAUGACUAGAUUCUCAGCUUUCAAUAGGUUGGUUUACAUUGCAUAUUUAAGGUCUUAGUUUUUUUUAAACAGAUGUAUGCUUUGUACUUGUCCAUCCUUAAUUUGAUAUAACAUUACCAGCAGAAAGCCUGUUCAGACUGAAUGAGAGAUUGGAUAAGGCUGAAAUGACUUGGUGCAUUCAAUUUUCUACUGGUCGAAUGAGAAACUUCAGUUCAGUUUUGACCAGACUUCAGGAACCUUUCAUAAAAUUAUAACUACAUUGAUAAAAUAUGUUGUAAAUGGCCAGCAGGUUGGUCAGAAUGUGAAAGACACAUUGGUUUAGGUAGUUAUGAAAGGUUACACCCAAAACAUGUCAUUCCCAGUUGUUGAUUGACUGGUUCUGCACUUCUUUUCUGGUUUUAUCUAACAAACUACCAGCAUUAUUUUUGGCUACAGAGUGAAGGCAUACCCUAAGAUGAAUGCAAGUGCAGUGUUCACCAGUAUCUAUUUCAUCUCUUUUGUCAUUGUUCUUAUCCAUUUUUUUUAUAUUGAGAAUCCAGCUAUCAAUGUGAAAUAUAUGAAGCAGUUUAAAUGUUAUUCUGCUGUCCUAGUUCCUGCACAGGUGCAGUGGGCUUUCACAUAGGCUUCAUUUCAAGUGUUAUAAAUAAUCUUUAUUUUGAACUUAAUGCCACAUUUUUGUUUUUCCUGCUUGAACAACAAGUUUAUUUUUAAGAUGUAUUUGUAAUACACAUGGCAUCACUGCCAUGUGUAGUUAAAUGAUACAAAAACCUUUUAAAAUCACUUUCUGGUAUUCAUUACUGAAGACAAUUCAAAUCUUUCUUCAUCUGUAUUCCUUAGCCUUGGAAAACAGAAGAUUCAUUAUUGCAGCUGUGUUUAGUGGAAGGAUGCUAUAAAGUGAUAUAAUGUAUGUGGUCAGCAAUAUUAACUGUUCGAUACAGAACUACUGUAAACUAAUUCGAUGAGCUCCGAGCUGUGGAGUCCUUCAUUUUAUAAUUUGGAGCACGUGCUCCUGGUUAGACAAAGUUUUCACGUGAAUUCUUCCUGACUGUCAGGUAUAAUCAAUAAAUGAAAAACAAAUAAAACACAAUGUUGGAAGUGCUCAAUGGAAACAAAGUAUCAAAUUGAUUACCCUUUGUCAGGUCAAUAAACUACUUUCUUUCUGUUUAAUUGUACAAAUUACAUGUGAGAACUCAGUAUUAUUAUUGUUAGUUCAAAUUAAAUGCAUUAAUUUAAAAAUAAAUCAUUGGUAAUUGAUGGAGAAGGUGAGGAAUAAAUGACUGGUAACGCCCAGAAUUAUCCUUUAUGUGCUGCUUUCAUUCUUGCAGUCCAAGCAGUUUAGGUAACUUAUACAACUCACUAUUCAUUUUAUGUGAGUGAACAUUAUGAAUGGAGGAGGGAGUUUGAUGAAGAACAUGAAUAUUAGGUAUCUAGUGGAAUGUAACCAAUGGUAAAAGCUUGUGGAUUUUGCUCCAUGUCCUAAACAAACAAAUUGAGCCCUUAAUUAUAUAGCCAACCGUCCACAGGCUAAUUAUUGGUUGCAGAUCAUUCUUUGUAAGUGUAGUUCAAAACCAUACCAUUGGUGAAUUUAUCUGCCAAGUCACAGAAUUAUUGCUGAAUAAGUCAAACUAAGAAAAAGAAUCUUCAAUGUGUAACUACUGGGAUGUUGGGCAGGCACUAUUACAACUAGGUGAGGAGGGGUGAAUCAGCUCUCCUCUUUUUUAACCCCAUUGUUGACCACAACAGAAGUUUUAAAUGUUUAGCAUGCAGCUAUAUCUCACUUGAAUUAAAACAUAGUACUGGUCAAACGCAAGGUUUUGAUGUGAGAAAGAGGGAUUUUUACUAAUACCAAGGAAAAGAUAAAGAAAUAUACACAAACCCAGGUAUAACAUUUAAUAACAAAGGUAUAUUAAUCCUUAACCUGAGGCCACAGUUCAAUUGAUUUCCUGUAUCAUCAGCAGUGGCAAGAUGUAUAGAUAUCCUUGAGUCCUAACUGAAUGGAUAUUUCUCCAAUUUGAUCACAGCACUAUUUGUCAAGAGAGGUUGAGAGAAACAAGGAUAAAGAGAGAUUCUUCCAAUUCUGCCAUUACAAAUCUAUUCUUUUUCUCACUGCUUGGUCCAAAACAAAUAUAAUUUCUUUCCAAUUUUAUCAUUAACUGGCUGCAAUUAUCAUUCCAUUGCUAAAUUGAAUCUUGUGGGUUACAAUCUUUAAUUGUGAUUUUUUUUAAUUUACCUGGUGGUCAAGCAGGAAUUUUCAAUGAAAGGUGGCAGAGUUCUGGGAUUCCAGUAAGGCUCUUCUGAAUAUUUCCCAAUAUAUUUUCUGAUCACUGGUAUGCUUAGUUUAUACAGAAAUUAUUUCAGCACCUCUGCUGCUAUCUGUCUGCUGCAGUGUUUGAAAACCAUUCCAGCUGUUGCACUGACUGCACAGCAUCCAAUAAAAUGGCAAGAAAUGUUCAAUGUGAAGAUUUUGAUCAUUCUGAAAACAUAAUUUCAAAGAAAGAUGCUAAACUGUAGAAUUAUAUAGUGGUUUAAUGGUGACUUCUAUUCCAACUAUGUUGAAAACAAUCGUUGUACAGUUGGCCAAGCUGCUAGAAAAUUGGUAUUGACUGCCAGACCAUACCACAAUAUGGUGUCUUAAAUGGUUAUUUAAAAUGUUUGCACCUGACUUUUAAAAAUUGAAUGUAUAAAAAUCCAAAAUAGCUGUAUGUCAUGCAGCAUUAGUUUUCUUGAGUGCAAAAAUGUAUAUUAUAAAUGAGGGAACUGGGAAUGUCUAUUUUGCCAAAUAUUUUUCUUACCUAUACAGGAGAAAUUGCUAUUAGGGUUAUGAAUACACACUGUGAGGUAUUAAACCUCUUUAAUAAUUCAGUCAAACCACUGUCAAACUGUUACUAGUACUGAGAACAAGCAUUUUAAAGAGGGAAUGUACUGGACAUUAAAUAGUUAAUAUUAGUCUUGGCACGCAUGUUUUGUUUUUUGUGUUGAAUCAUGUGAAACUAUUUUUUAAGGAAUCUGUUAUUUUUAUGCCAUUGCCCAUCCUAUGCAGUCUACUGUAGAUAAUCUCUUUGCACUACUGUGGUAUGUCUCAGUUGCUUCAUAUUUUGUAGAUUGAAUUUUGUUGUAUAAUAUUUGGUUUGAUAACAAUUCUCUACACUGUUGUCAAUAAAAUUGACACUUAAAUGACUGAA